AUGAAGCCCGUCGUGGGUGCCACGCAAGCAUGGUCGUGUGUCGUCAUCUCCGCCUUCGCGAUCGUAAUCCUCUCCAUCCUCGGGGCCCUCUACAAAACAGGCCACCACGAGUUCGCCGGCGGCGCGGAAGACCCGGACAACGGUGCCGAACUCGCGGGCACGAUAUUCGUUGCGGUCAUCGUAUACGCGGCCUUCUUGGUAUUCUGCGGUCUUCAGGGAAUGCUACAUCUUCGCGAGAAUCGGAGGGGCGCCAUCCAGCUAUAG